GUGAACUGACGGGCGACACGCAAGCGCUUCAGGUAGGUUAAAAUUUACGCUCGGUCGCAUUUGGUUGUCCCUGCCGCUCUGACGCGACCCUUGGCUUCGCGACUCUUGCGGCUAUGCGCCGGAAAUAGUGACAGUGACUAGUGCAGUGCGUGACCAGUGUUCAAUGCAAAUCAAUCUAUCAACAGUGCACCGUGAUUCAGUUCUGAUAUGACUGCACCUCGCUCGAACGCGGAUCUUUAACGGUCGAUCCGGUGACCACAUGCCGCCGUCAUCAUGGUGAUAGUUACCAGGGGCGACUACAUAUGGAUCGAGCCGGUGUCAGGUCGCGAGUUCGACGUGGCCAUCGGCGCACGAGUGCUCGCAGCCGAGGGCCGCCGGAUCAGGGUCCGGGACGACGAUGGCCAGGAGCAAUGGCUGCCGCCAGAAAGACGAAUCAAAGCCAUGCACGCCACCUCAGUGCACGGCGUCGAAGACAUGAUAUCGCUGGGAGAUUUACAUGAAGCUGGAAUAUUGAGAAAUUUGCUGAUUCGGUACAAUGAGAAUCUAAUUUAUACAUACACGGGCUCAAUUUUAGUAGCCGUAAACCCGUAUCAAAUACUCCCAAUUUAUACAGCAGACCAAAUAAAAUUAUACAAGGAAAGAAAAAUCGGUGAACUGCCGCCACAUAUCUUCGCAAUCGGCGACAAUGCAUAUGCGCAUAUGCGCCGCUAUAGCCAGGAUCAGUGCAUCGUGAUCAGUGGAGAAUCGGGAGCCGGGAAGACGGAGUCAACAAAGUUGAUUUUGCAGUAUCUUGCUGCUAUCAGUGGGAAACAUUCCUGGAUAGAACAACAGAUCUUGGAAGCGAAUCCAAUUCUAGAAGCGUUUGGUAAUGCUAAAACAGUAAGAAACGACAAUUCAUCACGUUUCGGCAAAUAUAUCGACAUCCACUUCAAUAACAACGGAGUCAUUGAGGGUGCGAAGAUAGAACAAUAUCUUCUGGAAAAGUCGAGAAUAGUUUUUCAAGGAGCUGAAGAGCGGAACUACCAUAUUUUCUAUUGCCUCCUCGCUGGACUGUCAAAAGAUGAAAAGAAGAAGCUGGAAUUGGGAGAACCGUCGGAGUAUAGAUAUUUAUCUGGUGGUGGCAGUUUCACUUGCGAAGGUAGAGAUGAUGUAGCAGAAUUUGCCGACAUAAGAUCUGCAAUGAAAGUGCUGCUUUUUACAGAAUCGGAAAUAUGGGAGAUACUAAAAUUACUAGCUGCAGUUCUGCAUUGUGGUAACAUCAAAUAUGAAGCCACUGUAGUCGACAAUUUAGAUGCCACGGAAAUUACAGAGCAGGCAAACGUGAGGCGGGUGGCAAAUCUGUUGGGUCUACCGGUGCAGUCUCUAAUUGAUGCUUUAACUAGAAAAACGCUAUUUGCUCAUGGGGAAACCGUGGUUUCCACUCUCAGUAGAGACCAGUCAGUAGACAUUCGAGACGCCUUCGUCAAAGGUAUUUAUGGACGAUUGUUUGUAACAAUAGUGAGGAAAAUAAAUACUGCCAUUUAUAAACCUAAAUCCACAAUGCGAACUGCCAUUGGCGUAUUAGACAUAUUUGGAUUUGAAAACUUCGAUCACAAUAGUUUUGAACAGUUUUGCAUCAACUUUGCAAACGAAAAUCUACAACAAUUUUUCGUAAGGCACAUAUUCAAAUUGGAGCAGGAGGAAUACAAUCAUGAAGGUAUUAAUUGGCAACACAUAGAGUUUGUUGAUAAUCAAGACGCUUUAGAUUUAAUUGCAUUGAAACAAUUAAACAUCAUGGCUUUGAUCGAUGAAGAGUCGAAGUUCCCAAAAGGUACGGACCAGACCAUGUUGGCGAAGCUACAUAAAACUCAUGGGCUUCACAGAAACUACCUCAAACCCAAGUCAGACAUCAAUACCAGUUUCGGUUUGAACCAUUUCGCAGGAGUUGUAUUUUACGACACACGAGGAUUUUUAGAGAAGAAUCGAGACACAUUUAGCGCAGAUUUGUUGCAGUUAAUUCAUAUUUCGACAAACAAGUUUUUGCAGCAUAUUUUCCAGGACGACAUUGUGAUGGGAUCGGAGACACGGAAACGAACACCAACUUUGUCAACGCAGUUCAAAAAAUCUUUGGAUCUAUUGAUGCGAACAUUAGGAACAUGUCAACCUUUUUUCAUCAGAUGUAUCAAACCAAAUGAAUUCAAAAAGCCCAUGAUGUUUGAUCGUGGUUUGUGUUGUCGGCAACUGAGAUACUCUGGAAUGAUGGAAACUAUUCGAAUUCGAAGGGCGGGUUAUCCUAUUCGCCAUGGGUUUAAAGAUUUCGUAGAAAGAUAUAGAUUUUUAAUCCCUGGAGUACCGCCUGCGCAUAAGACUGAUUGCACAAAAGCGACUGCAAAAAUCUGUGCAACUGUUCUUGGAAAGUCUGAUUACCAACUAGGUCACACCAAAGUGUUCUUGAAAGAUGCUCACGAUCUUUUCCUUGAGCAGGAACGAGACCGAGUGUUGACGAGGAAGAUUCUGAUUCUUCAGAGGUCUAUUAGAGGAUGGGUAUACCGACGACGGUUCCUCAGAAUGAGAGCGGCCGCCGUCUUGAUUCAGCGUCAUUGGCGAGGCAAGCUGCAGAGGAUCCGGUAUAAUAAGAUGAAAGUUGGCUAUGCAAGACUGCAGGCGUUAAUCCGAGCGAGAGUCUUGGCUCACCGUUUUAGACAUUUGCGAGGUCAUAUUGUUUCUUUACAAGCAGCGGCACGGGGUUACUUGGUACGUCGUCAAUACGGGCACAAGAUGUGGGCGAUCGUCAAGAUUCAAAAUCACGUGCGUCGAUUGAUCGCGAUGCGCCGCUACCGCCGCAUGCGACAAGACGCACUGGCGCAUACUGAGGCGCUGCGCCUGCGCAGACAGGAAGAGCAACGGCUGCAGCACCAGGGGAACACGCGGGCCAAAGAGAUCGCUGAACAGAACUAUCGUGAGCGCAUGUACGAGCUAGAACGACGCGAAGCUGAACUGGCCCUAGAAGAGAAACGUCAGCUAGAAGCAAAACGAGCACUUGUCCAAGAAGCAGCUCGGAAGCAGGACGAGCCCGUAGAUGAUAGCAAGCUUGUGGAAGCCAUGUUUGACUUCCUGCCGGACUCAAGUAGUGAGGCGCCCGCGCCGAAAGACACGUCUGUCUUUAGUGAUUUACCGCAGCUGAGAGCAGAUCAACAAGAGACGGUGACACCAAUGCAAACAACAUCAGAAGAUGAGGAAGAUCUGUCCGAAUUCAAGUUCCAGAAGUUUGCAGCCACUUAUUUCCAAGGAAACGUCACGCAUCAAUACUCCAGGAAGCCUUUAAAGCACCCAUUGCUACCGCUUCAAACACAAGGAGAUCAAUUGGCUGCACAAGCAUUAUGGAUAACUAUAUUACGCUUUACUGGAGACCUCCCUGAGCCCAGGUACCAUACUAUGGAUAGAGACAACACUUCUGUCAUGUCAAAAGUCACAGCCACACUUGGUCGGAAUUUCAUUAAGUCCAAAGAGUUCCAGGAGGCGCAAAUGAUGGGCGUAGACCCUGAUGCGUACUUGAAUAAACAGAAACCAAGGUCUAUCAGGCAUAAGUUGGUGUCACUUACUUUAAAGAGAAAGAACAAACUUGGAGAAGAUGUUAGAAGAAAAUUACAGGACGAAGAAUACACAGCUGAUAGCUAUCAAUCGUGGUUGGAGUCACGACCAACAUCAAACUUAGAAAAACUCCAUUUCAUUAUAGGCCACGGUAUACUCCGCGCAGAAUUAAGAGACGAAAUUUACUGCCAAAUUUGUAAACAGUUGACAAAUAAUCCAUCAAAAUCCUCUCACGCUAGAGGAUGGAUUUUACUCUCACUGUGUGUCGGAUGUUUCGCCCCGAGCGAGAAGUUCGUUAAUUACCUGAGAGCUUUCAUAAGAGAAGGCCCUCCAGGUUAUGCCCCAUACUGUGAAGAUCGUCUGAAGAGGACUUUCAACAAUGGGACAAGAAACCAGCCUCCGUCGUGGUUAGAACUCCAAGCUACAAAAUCUAAAAAGCCCAUAAUGCUACCCAUAACAUUCAUGGAUGGCAAUACAAAGACACUACUCGCUGAUUCAGCUACAACAGCAAGAGAAUUAUGCAAUCAGUUAUCUGAUAAAAUUGGUUUGCGAGAUCAAUUUGGUUUUUCCUUGUACAUUGCUUUGUUUGACAAAGUAAGCUCACUGGGAAGCGGUGGAGACCACGUAAUGGAUGCUAUAUCGCAAUGUGAACAGUAUGCAAAGGAGCAGGGAGCACAGGAAAGAAAUGCACCAUGGCGACUGUUCUUCCGGAAAGAAAUAUUUGCUCCAUGGCAUGACCCUACGGAAGACCAAGUAGCGACAAAUCUUAUUUACCAACAAGUGGUUAGGGGUGUGAAGUUUGGAGAGUACAGAUGUGACAAGGAAGAGGAUCUAGCUAUGAUCGCUGCACAACAAUACUACAUCGAGUACGGCCAGGACAUGAAUACAGAACGAUUGUACACUUUACUUCCAAAUUACAUACCUGACUACUGCUUGACAGGUGUCGAAAAGGCGGUGGAUAGAUGGGGCGCUCUUGUAGUCCAAGCAUAUAAAAAGAGUUACUAUGUAAAAGAGAAAGUUCCCGCUUAUCGAGUCAAAGAAGAUGUGGUAAGUUACGCAAAAUUCAAGUGGCCUCUUCUGUUCUCUAGAUUUUAUGAGGCAUACAGAAACUCUGGGCCAAAUCUGCCGAAAAACGAUGUCAUUAUUGCUGUGAACUGGACUGGAGUUUAUGUUGUUGAUGAUCAGGAACAGGUUCUACUAGAGCUUUCCUUCCCAGAGAUUACUACAGUUUCAAGUCAGAAAACUAAUAAAGUGUUCACUCAAACAUUCAGCUUAUCGACAGUUCGCGGCGAAGAGUUUACCUUUCAGAGUCCUAAUGCAGAAGAUAUCAGAGAUUUGGUUGUAUAUUUCUUGGAGGGAUUGAAAAAGCGAUCUAAGUUUGUAAUCGCGUUACAAGACUACAAAGCUCCGGGAGAAGGAUCGAGUUUCUUGACAUUCCAAAAAGGAGAUCUGAUUAUUUUGGAAGAGGACAGCACUGGAGAGUCUGUUUUGAACAACGGAUGGUGUAUUGGCCGAUGUGAAAGGAGUAUGGAAAGGGGCGAUUUCCCAGCAGAAACAGUAUAUGUGUUGCCUGCGUUGACCAAGCCUCCACCCGAUAUACUGACAUUAUUCUGUCAGGAAGGCGCUCAACAUGGAAGACGUGUGGCAGCUACUACUUUGAAUGGAACUGAGAACAGAGACAAACCGCACACUUUGUUAGAAUAUGCGAUGGAUCACUUUAGAUUACCACCAAAGCGCACUGUCUCUAAGGCUCUUACCUUAUCAACAGCCAAACGAGGCGGCACAGAAGAAUUGUGGAGACAUUGUAGAGAACCAAUAAAACAGCCCUUACUAAAAAAGUUGCAAGCGAAAGAGGAACUGGCUGAGGAGGCAUGUUUCGCUUUUACUGCUAUAUUGAAAUACAUGGGAGACCUUCCUUCUAAGAGACCACGUAUUGGCAAUGAAUACACUGACCACAUUUUCGACGGACCGCUGAAACACGAAAUAUUGAGAGAUGAAAUUUACUGUCAACUAAUGAAGCAAUUAACUGAUAAUCGUAAUAGAAUGUCCGAGGAAAGAGGUUGGGAGCUUAUGUGGUUAGCCACAGGAUUGUUUGCGUGUAGUCAGGGUCUGCUCAGGGAGUUAACACUUUUCCUUAGAACUAGAAGAUAUCCAAUUGCUCAAGAUUCACUCCAAAGACUUCAAAAAACUUUAAGAAACGGACAGAGAAAGUACCCUCCGCAUCAAGUGGAAGUCGAGGCUAUACAGCACAAGACGACGCAAAUAUUCCAUAAGGUGUAUUUUCCUGACGAUACUGAUGAAGCGUUCGAAGUAGACUCGUCAACGAGAGCGAAAGACUUUUGCCAGAAUAUAGCGCAGAGACUGAAUCUCAGAUCUAGUGAAGGUUUUAGUUUGUUUGUUAAAAUAGCCGAUAAGGUGAUAUCGGUUCCGGAAGGCGACUUUUUCUUUGACUUCGUGCGGCAUCUCACUGAUUGGAUCAAAAAGGCCCGACCUACACGCGACGGUAUCACGCCUCAAUUUACUUAUCAGGUAUUCUUUAUGAAAAAAUUGUGGACAAACACGGUUCCGGGCAAAGAUCGCGCCGCGGAUGUGAUCUUCCACUUCCAUCAGGAGCUACCAAAGCUGUUGCGUGGGUACCAUCGAUGUGGAAGAGAAGAGGCGGCUAGACUUGCAGCCUUGGCAUAUCGAGCCAGAUUCGGGGACAAUAAACAGGAACUACAAAGCAUUCCUCAAAUGCUACGUGAGCUGAUACCGGCAGAUCUGAUAAAGAUGCAGAGUUCAGCCGAUUGGAAGCGUGCGAUCGUAGCGUCAUACAACCAAGAUGCUGGUAUGACGCCGGAAGAUGCAAAGAUCACCUUCCUGAAAGUCAUCUACCGGUGGCCAACGUUUGGCUCAGCGUUCUUCGAAGUCAAGCAGACCACGGAGCCAAACUACCCUGAACUAUUGUUGAUUGCUAUCAACAAACACGGUGUUAGUUUGAUCCAUCCUCAAACAAAGGACAUUCUGGUUACCCACCCUUUCACUAGAAUAUCGAACUGGUCAUCCGGCAAUACGUAUUUCCACAUGACAAUCGGGAACUUGGUGCGAGGCUCAAAGCUCCUUUGUGAGACAUCACUCGGCUACAAAAUGGACGAUCUUUUGACGUCAUACAUCUCCCUGAUGCUGACCAAUAUGAACAAACAACGGUCAAUGAGGGUUAAGUAAUUUUUUUGGCAAAAUCUCUAAAAGUUUGGCGUGAGUAGAAAACAUAAUUUCUGUUGAUGAUUUCAGUACUAGAUUGCUAUAUAUGUUAAAGUUAACAAGUAAUUACGUUUAGUAUUCUUUACUCGGAAAUUAUAUUGCUACCAUGCACCGUUAAGCCUAAGGGCGCCUUU